GGAUAUGAAGUAGUGGUGAAGUGAAGGGUCUUUUACCGACCAAAAUGAACCCACUGCAAGCUUCAUUUUACGGGAAAAUUGAUCAAAGAAACCCGGUUAUAUCAGCAUUUGAUGGCGAUAUAAAAGAGUUUAUGUCGUUUAUGAAACGAAUUAGUAAUUUGCCGACGUACGACCACAACUCUUAUGCAAGAGGGGCCAAAACUCUUUUUAAGAUAUGGAACGAGUACAAACCUCGGCUACCAACCAGCUACUAUGAAGAGCACAUGCUGCAAGUUGCUGAUUUUCUCUUUGAUGUCAAGUUAUACAGACUAGCACUAUGGCAGGGCUACAGUCGCUAUUUGCAGCAGUUCAGGACUGUGAACAUAGAGGAAAUUAGGGAUGUUGACCACUUCCAGAUGACUUUCUUCCCCAAGGGGUUCGACACAGACCAAGCCAGGCUGACGUUCCGGGCUCUGCAGGGCGUCUGCCUGUGUGCCUUUCAGCUGGAGAGAGAAAAGGUUAGCCAUCCAACCCAGGAAGGGAUUCAGGAACUUCUCAACAUCCUGGGGUUUGUCAGGAUCCUGAUGCAAGCUGUGCUUCCCCAUGAACAUCUCUGCUGGGUUCUCUACAAUGGCUCACUUUGUAUAUACAACAUCUGUAGAUACCUGAUGUCCAUGAGCUACACUUCACAGGCGAUGGAGUUCCUGCUGUGGGCCUGUAUUUGUCUGGAGACCUCUAUUCCCCUCAUGACUGCCAAGUUCCUGGCCUGGAGGGUCACACUGUACUGCGCUGUGUGCCAAUGCCACUACGACAGCCAGGCCAAUGUACAGGCUGAAGCAUUUGCACGACGAGCCCUCUGCAAAGUUAGUGAGCUGGGCAAACUGGAAGAGAUGAGUGGUCUGGCCGCCACCACUGAGACUCAGAGAACAUACAAAGAGGCCACCGUUAAGCUAGCAGCCAUGGUGUUUAAGCGGUCGGUGUAUGAACAUAGGAGAAAACCUAAAGGGCUCUUGAGACCCAAGCAGAAGAGUAACCUCAAAGAGAUUCAUAACAUGCAAUGGCCUCGCACCCCGACAGAACGGGCGUUGAUGGAGAUGUUUGAGGGAAACUCUGCCCGGUUCCUGGCAAUAGUGGAGGCUUUGUGGGACAGCUCCCGUCGCCUGCUACAGACAGGCAUGCCUGAAGAGUCUGAGAUACAGGAGGUCUGUUUGGAACUCAUGACUGCAGGCAUCAGCAUACUGUCUGGAAUUGGAGGCUCCACAGAGCCAACCAGGGAUGACAGUCUCCCCACUUGUUUAAAUGCUGUGACAGGGAACUUUACUCUGAUUGAAAUGGCAGCCGCUGGGGAGAGCAAGGUGUCUGUGGAUGCUGCAGUGAAGUUUGUCAAGCUUCUGUUCCAUUACGAGCAGUGGGAGAUGUUCUGUAUCCUCUCAGAUGCUAUGAAACACAGUGUGCUGCCGAAGAUGGAGGGGCAAUCUUACAGAAAAUCCAAGCUGGAACUGUGCAUGUUAGACUCAAUGGAGCGCUUCCUAUCUGCACAGAGGAAUAAAUUCCACAGCAAGGAGGACACUGUGUCAGAGAAGGACAGGCAACUGGGUGGGGUGAUGAGCGAAGAGUUUGUCUCUCUGGUACAGACUCUACACACCUGUGUCUGUGACUCAGCUCAGGAUGUGCUGCCCGACAGGGACCUGGUGAUGGACAUAGUACUCAAUCUGUGGUCCAAAUGUAAGACUGUGUUCCAGAGAGCGCAAGUUCGACACUGGGACCCUGUGCGCUUCCUGAACAAGAUGGAGAACCAGGAGAAAUGGGUGUGGACACUUUCUGUCCUCAGCGAGGUGUCUCAUGUGUGCGGGCUGGCAGACUCUGACCCGAUGGUGUUUGCUGAGAUGACCAUCAGGCUGGCCAUGGUGCUGGAGAGCACAGCUGACUCCACUUUCCGCUCAGGCAGGAAUACAGCCUCAAGCGAAGACAACAGCGUGGCAUCGAUGCCUGCAGAGAAAAACACUUACAACUUUUCCAACAAGUCGCCAUCGGGGCAACUGCAGUCAGUGUGGGAGGUGGUGGAGAGAGGUCUGAAAGGACUAAUCAGUAGCUGGACCAGACUAAUGCCAUGCGAUGGAUCAGCCAUUUCUGACACGGUAUUCAUGCAAAAGUUUGCUCACCAUUCCACUCCAGAAGGAAAAGACAACAAGCCGGUGAAUAGUCCCUCCCUGUCACUCUCCUUGUCUCCAGCCCCAAUGGACCUUUAUGUGGAACUUCUGUUUGUCCAGCACAGAGUCUCCCUAAAGCUGAUCUACACUUGCCCAGCUGAGAUUAAGCAACAUGCCGGGGACAGCAGGAGUUCUCUGAGGCCUCCUGUUUGUGUGGAGGCACAGUCUGAGGCCAUGGAUAACAAAGCCAAAGGAGAGUCAGCGCUGCUGGAACGUAUCAAGAAGAAUAAGAUCUCCAAAGCUCUGUUCCUGGUCCAGAAGGCUCUGUUGUGCCAAAGGAAAGACCAGAAAAGUAGCACCAUCAAGAGGCUUUUAGAGGAGGCUGUCGUCCUGAUAGAGAAGGCAGAGGUGGAAGAGAAAAGGUUGUUCAGCACCAGUGGUCCCUCAGAGAGGAAGAAGGGAGCAGUCGAGGAGGAGAGAAAGACUAGACCUCCCCCUGCUCCUGUCCUCCUUUCCCGCACCAACAAUUCCAUGACCUUCACCUCUGCACCCUACGCGCUGGAGGAUCAGGUAUGCUGGUACCAUAUCUAUGGACGAGAGGCUGAAGGUCUCAACCUGAAAGUCAGACUAGGAGACAACAACUUGGUGGGCACCGGGGACAAGGUUCCUGCAUCUGGGAAGAGACUGCUUCAAGUGGAAGGCUUGGAGCCGAACCAAAAGUAUGUGUUUGCCGUAGCGGCCUACGACACCCAGGGCAAACUGGUCGGCGGUGCCAUCGGAGAGACGACCAGGCCUCUGCUGGCCUCUGUGCCUCUUCCCCUGCUGACCACUUGGGCACACCUGGCACAGGCAGCAUACCAGACAGGGCAACAUGCUGUGGCCAAGAGAGCCUGCAGUGAACUGUGGAGUCACUUCACUCUGCCUAAAGACCUUCAGGAGCCUGGGGCCGCUGCAGAAGGGUUGGCUCAGACAAGGUUGCGUUUGGAGACUCUGCAGCGUUCCUCUCCUCUUCUGCUUCACCUCUUCCUCUCCUCCAUUCUCAUGCAGACAGAGAUCCACAUCCAGGAGGGGAUGCUGUUCUGUGACACCCUCUGUGACAGGGGACCACCCAUCGGGGGUCAGGAGGCCAGGCUGGCAGAGUGUGAGCGGAUGCUUGUGGCUAUAGACUUGUCUCUGUGGCUAAAUGACAGCAGCGCCGCCCUGCAGGCCGUGGUGGGUUGUUACGGCCUUCUGGCCCCGUUGAUGUUUCACCAGAUUCCCGUGGAGCCUGUUGUACAGGUGCUGAUUAAAUGUCUGAUGGUGCUGACAGAGAUUUCAGGAGUUGUCAAACAGAAACGCUCAGCCGCCACCACAGAGUCUCUUCUUCACAUGAUAGCCUGUAUAACAUAUUUUGUUGCCAAGGUUCUCCGCACCAUGGAGAAGCAUCGCAUGGCAGCUGAAGUGAUAGACCAGGGAAAGAUACUCCUCCAUGAUGUCCUGGAGACCAUGCAGGGAUUCAGCAAGCCCCUUGUAGUUGAGCCAGAUGGGAAGGUGCCGCGGAAAGCAGGCACCAUCCAUGGAGAGGAGGAGCAGAAUGAGCAGAUGAUGGCUCUGGAGGGCAGCGUCAUGAAGAACAAUAAGACUGGAACCUUUGCACAGCAUGACAGCUCAGCUUGGAGUAGAGCUAUGAACCAUGGUCAUGAACUUACUGGACAUGAGGACCCCAUUCUGCUGUACACCAUUGUCACCAACAGCCCACUGAAGGCUGCUUUCAAAGAUCUGAUGAAGUUUAAGCGCAAGUCGUGCUUUAUGGAGUUUUCUGUGCUGCUUCUUCAGAGGACUAUGCAGGAAGAACAACUAGAGCUGGUUGUGCAGUGGGGCCACGACAUCUUCAGCUGGCUUUGCCGGCGUGAUGAAGGACUGACUAGCCCUAAGAAGGACCUCUGGGAAAGCCCAAUGUUAGGGAAAGAUCAGAAGUUCUCCUUGUCCGUCGUGGACAAGAAGAAAAAUAAAGCUAGCACAUGCCAGACUGACAAGAAGAACAAAGAGUUCCUUCAGAGGAAACAGCUGACCGCUCUCAAAGCCCAGAACACUAGGAGAGAGUGUAAGGCGGUGGAAAUCAUGUUGAACCAGCUAGCCCCCCUGGUGCGUCGCCACCAGCAUCGGAGGCAUCUGAGACAGUUGUGUUCUGAAGAGGGCCUGUGGAAGUGUCACCUCAACCUUAGCGUGGCUCGAGCUCAUCUGGGAUUACUGAGGAGAAGCUUAGAGCACCACCAAGGCUUUGGGGCCCUACAACACAACUACAGCCAGCUGCCUCCAUCCAUGUUCUCCCUGGCCCACUCUGGUACCCUGGUAAGGUGGAGGAACAUGCCCCAGCAAAUCAGAGACCCUGAGCUGACCAACAUGCCCAACAAAACCUCACCGCAGCCCUGCCUCAGGUCCUAUGUCAAAGCCGUCAUUGGCAAGGGAAAGGAGAGCGGCUCAGCUGCCACCACCACCAGUGGAGAGGAUUCCUGCACAACAGAGAGCAGCGAGCAGGGCAGCGAGCCAAACUCCCCCCGUACCCAGGCAUCUGUGGACCCUGACUGCAGUGAGCCAUCAGUUGCGGCCAGCAGCCUGACAAGGCAUUUCGCCACUCAGUUGCUGGACUCAAUCAACAAGGCAGCCUUGCACCUCCGCAGAGCCAUGGUUCUCGCCCAUCGUGGGGGCCACUGGACAACUCUGCAGUGUGUAUGUCGGUCGCUUUGGGACCAGGGCUAUACCAUUGCUCUACUAGUGGAAAGGGGUGCAUCCAUGGAGCCCCCCAUCCCUUUAACCUUGGACCAGUUUUACUCUUUUCUAGCUCCUUUGUUUGAGCUAGCCACAGACCUACUCAUGGACAUGAUGGAGAGGCUGCAGCUGUGGCAGCUAUUCGAGAAGGUGGAGGAGCACGAGAUGGAGGCCAGCAUGCACUUCUCCCCUCCAUUCGAUGACUGCACCCUGGUGGACCUGAGAUGGAUCAGGAGUCUCAUUCUUCACACCCUGGAGCUGCUCUACCUCAAGGCUCGCUGGGAGAACUUGGCUCACCUCAGUCUUCUCCUUAACUCACACACACGAGAGCGUUACACCCACAUUAUCACUCCUCUCCUGGUCCAUGCUCAGAGGAGACUGCUGGAGAGGAUUAGCUCCUUCGGAGGGCCACCAGUCCCUCAGCCACACCACAUAGAAACGCAGAAAGUCACCGGGCAAAAGAUCACCUGUAAGAACUAUGCAGGGACACAGCUUCUGAUAGGCUGGACUCCCCUUGCUGUGCCAUCCCCCAGACAGGGGAACAACGCUCCUAGCAACCGAAACACUGAGCGUCUCGAACUCUCUGAGGUGCGUCGGGCCAUGUGCUUGGUGUGUGUUCCUCUGGAUGUGGAGGAUACACUUUGCUGUUUCCGAGAGACCCUGGAGAACGGAAGUCACACUGUACAAAACUUCAGACACAGCCGCACACUACUACUGCUGCUGCUGGCCCACACACAGCCCUUGUAUAAGGUUCCCUUCUGUAGGGAGAGCAAAAGUCGUGCUCAGGGUCACGGCAGAGUGGACUUUAAUUUGACGGCGUGCAAGGCCCCAGCCAUUGGCCCUCCAGACCUGAGCAGUGAGGACUUCAGCACGCUGAGCUCCAUUUACGGCUGCCCUCUGCCCCCAAACCAGAUACACACUGUCAUCAACUCAUACAGCAACACCAUACAGUACCUUGAGGCCAACAACCAUAACUCUCUCAGGGUACAGGCUCUUCAUGACCUGGGAAAUCUGCACUAUUAUAAUGGAAACAGAAGGGCAGCUCAUUCCUACUGGAGCAAAGCAGUAGACUGUGCCCUGCAGAGCUCUGGGAUACUGGAUUCGUGGGACGGGGUGUUGUGGGCAACAGAUUCCCCCCAACACCGAAACAUCCUGCAACAGGCUGGAGUCUGGGGUUGUCUGCAGGGGGCUAUAAUGACUGCGAAGAUUGCUCAGUUUGCUUUCACCACCAAUAUCAGUCAGCGCACAAAAUUCUCCCUCCUGUCUGCUCAGCUUUUCAAGUGUCUUCUGCAGGCCUCCCUGCCACACCCUCAGAGUGACCUGCAGUACUCAUCCUAUACUGUAGGGGAGGAGCUGAUUCCUGGUCUGGACCUGUUUUCUGAACCUGACAGAGGACCUCUCGGAACCACUGUGUCCAGCCUGGCCUUCCUCUGCCACUGGCUCUACACCUCGGGACACCAUAUCACCGCUCUGCCUAUACUGGCUCUCUACCUUCACUUUGUGGGAACUCUGUGUCGGGACCCACGCCUCACCAUUAAAGGAAGGAUACUGAAGGUGAAGGUGCUGACGGAGCUGGGGCUUUACAACCAGGCUAUGAAAGAGAUGGCCCGGGUCACACAGGCACAGGAGAUCCCACUAGCUGACGGAUGUUACAGCAACAUAGAAAAACAUGUGACAAUCCGAAAGUUCCACUUGAACAAGCCUAUCAUGGACUCUGCAAACAUACAGGCUCUGGAGGACCUGGUUAACCUUCAUCUGAGCUCAGAGGCCAGUGACUUGUACGGCCCCAGACUGAGCAGACAUCUCACCCUGGCCAGAGUACAGCUCAUCCUGGCCUUCAGUUCCACCAUACACUCCAUGCCGGAACCGCUAGGACAGGAUAUCUCAGAUGGGACGGUGUGUACCAGCUUUGUUAGUAAGACCUCCAGCAACCCAAACUCUCCCCCUGGAGGGAGGGAUCAUGACAGUGAAAAGUCUCACAGUGGAUCCCCAAGUAUGAAGAACAAGGAGGCCAAAGGAGCGCAGUUUGACCUCCAGACAGACAAACUCACCCUUAGCAAACUCAAGGCAUUCCUACUGAGAGACGCGUGUCAUCUCCUGAACCUCCAGCAGCAGCUCUGCUCCUCCCAACCCCACUUUGACCCAGAGGAAAUGGAACUGGCUGUAGACACCUACCUGCUGCUGUCAAGCCUCUACCUGCAGCAAGGCAAAACCGCUCAGAGUGCUGACACGGCAGUGUCUGCCAUGACGCUGCUUCAGAACUCCCCCGUCACUCAGAGUGGAAGCCCCUCCCCUGCCCACAGACCCUUAACCUCUUCCAUCAGAAGACAGUCCAUGCCCAAGAGUGAACAGGGCGGUGUGUGGGAGGCCGAGCACAGUGCCCCCUGCCCCCAGACAGGUGACAGUCCCCAGGCAGUAGAGGCCAGAGAGAGGAUGGACCGGGCCCUGUGGCUCCGCUGUAGACUGGCUGUGGUACGCAGUCUGGUUGCACACAUCCCCGCCACAGCCAUCUACCCAGGUGUUGACAGCAGUGUGGAGGCGGCUAGGCUGUUGAAGGAGGGUCUACAGGAGGCUGAGGCGUGGGGAGACCCAGACACCAAAGCCCUGUUUCUCCUCCAAGGGGCUAAACUGGACACACACAGAGGAAGACCCCGCGAGGACAGCAUUUCGCUGCUACAGGAGGCUGUGAGUCUUCUGUCCGGUCGCUCCUGUCUGUCUCCUCGCUCCAGCAUAACGUUGGCCCAGGCAACUUUAUUACUCAGUGACCUGAGAGGGCCAGGCAGCCAGGUCCUACACCUGCUCACACAGAAACUACUGAAGCAACAGCUGUGUGUGUUGGGGGAGAACGUGUCAUCUGGAGAGGGAGGCAUAGUGACCCUUCCUCCAGACCCUGGCCUCUCCAACAUCUACCUCCCACAACUCCCUCUGCUAGCCAAGGCCACCAUGCGCUUGGGUCACUGCUUGGCUGUUCAGGCCAUGACCAGUGCCCAUUCCUCUGGUCCGUCUAGCCCCUCCAACCAGUCAACUCCCUCAAGCAAAUCCAACCUGGCCACCAUUUCAAGCUCCUCUUCCCCCAGCCCAUACAGCCAGCCCUGGGUGUGCGCUUUGGAGGUGCUGCAGUCCGCCCUGCUUCUUUGCCAGGCCUGUGCUGCCAGAGACAGACAACUAGAGGCAGAUAUUCUGUACUGCAAGGGGAUGGUGGAGCGCUGUCUCAUGUGUCUCGGUGACUUUCAACCUCAGACAGUCACGGAGACACUACUGGACUCUAUCAAUAUCUCUGUAUCCCACAGCCACAAUUCACACCUCAGCAUAUGUGUUCGUGUCAGGCUGAUCCGCAAGUGUUAUCUGGAGAUGGCCCUAGUGUACCUGUAUCAGUGGGAGCAAAGCAGCACAGCUAAACAGGAACAUCAGAACCCCAUACUGCCAUCACCACCUAAAAAUGCCAUACAGAAGCCCAGUUUGAAGAGCCUCAGAACUUCUCUGAACAGAGGUCUGACUACAAGGGAGACCUAUCUACUUCUCUACUGGGUCUCUGUCAGAGCUGCAAAAAAGGCGUGUGAGGCCAUGUUUUCGUUUAGCCAGCUGUGUGGUACUACCAGGGCUAAAGAAGGAAACCUGCCUCUCGAUUCCCUCAGGGCCCUGCCUGACUUUGCCACCAACGAUCUGCUUAACCCUUGUGGCGGGCUGGGCAUGAUGGCGAGGACUACCUCCACCCCGGAGAACGAUCCUGAACAAAGCAGAAGGAAACACAACCAGCUCACCUGGGUCCAUCUGUCCCGCUACUUCACUCACCUGUUCAACCUGCAACGCAUGGCCACGCGCCAAGUUGUUCCCCAGUGUGUGGAGGGCUUGGUAUCGCAAUCUGUUGACAGCAGUCUGGCUCUGAGGUUGGUUCAGCUCCAGAACUUCUUCUGUUCCCAUUUGGCGGGCUACAGUGAGUCCUGCAGCGCCCCUGAACCGCCUACUGAAUUAAUUAUGCAGCCACAGAUUUUACAGAUGUGUCCCACAGUAAGAGGCACAAUGGGUGUACAGCUGUGCCCUUGGUCCUUUGCUGACAAAAAGCAGCUGUGUAUCCAUUGGCACCGGCCAGCUCUCAGCCACAAAAGGGAAAACACAGACACGAUCCUGUUGCUGUUCACUCUGAACAGCAUGCCUCUGUCGGCCAUGAAAGCCACAGCCAGCGCGGUCGUAGAACUGCAGUGUGGACAGAAAGCCGUUAGCAUGGAGAGACUGGGCCUUGUCCACGCUCAGCUGGUGUCAGCCUGUGUUGGGGCUAACAUCUCCUGUCCACUUGCUGACAGCGUGACCCCCACCCCCAGCCCUAAGAUGGAGAAGCAACGCCGCUCCAAGACCCCAGACAAGACUGUGGCCCUCAGCCCUCACGUACAGAUGCUGCAGGAGAAGACCAGACGUUGCUUUGCCGCCAUUAAGGAUUUACUGCAGGCUGGUUCUGAGACAGUUACACACACUGAGGUUCCGUUUGAGGCCAGCCUACAGACUCUGUGUGAUCUGGAGCGCUGCUUUAACCCAGCCAGCGGAGCCAUUGUGGAGGAAAACCUGCUGAUAACAUGGCUUAUCUCCUUGCUAGCCUGAUGCCAUAUCUGGUCUAUGGACGAGCAGCAUAGACAAUGAAAAUCCAGAUGGCCAUGACCAAAGAUGAUUUACUGCACCUACCUAAUUGAUUAUCAUCACUUCACUCUGUAAUAAUUGAGCAUGGAAAAAGAUUUGUUUUGUUAUAACUAAGCGUUUACA